GUAAUCCAGGAAAUCAGAACUAUAACAGUUAUGGCAACUAUAACCAAGGAUGGGGUAACCAGAGUUAUGGUGGCUACAGCCAGGGAUACAACAGCAAUUGGAAUCAGCAGUAUUACCAACAACAACAGCAGACACCACAGCAACAACAACAACAGCAACAGUAUUGGGGAUCUGGCUAUGGGUAUGGCAAUCAAGGAUAUGGAUCAGGGCAACAGUAUGGUGCCUCAUCAGCCAGUCAGAACAAUUCUGCCAAUAGCAGCUGGGGUCAGCAGGGUGGCUGGAGUGGACCUGGACAGCAGCAGUGGGGUGGCAAUUAUAGUAAGCAAUCAUGGGGUGGAUCUGGAUACAGUUCCAGCAGUGGCCAGAGGAGGUAGAUUGUGUCACUACCUGUGAGCCAUUUUCUACAGUGUGUGAAAUGUAUGUGUAUUCUAACCAUAUACACUGAUCACAUAAAAACUUUUCAUGUACAAGAAGUCCUCAGUCUACACUGUUUCUUUUGUUAGUUAUAUUUUCUGUGAGUUUUUUACAACUAUCUCAGAUUCAUCUGGGUUCUUCAAUUUAAGAUUAAUUGAUUAGAAAUGUUUACAGGAACAUUUGUAGAGCUAAAUGAAUUGUGUGCAGCAAGAGGGCUUCAAGUUCUUUAUGUGGACACAAGCAGCAUGGUCACCAUCAACCACCUGCUUUAACUGUUCUACUAGUUAUAUUAUACUUUUUAUACAGUAAUCAUAUACAGCAAUUGCUAUUUGGAUUUUUAUUAUACAUUAUUGAAUUUGAUUAACAUGACAACUUUUGUUUUUAUUAAAUAUUGUGACAGUAAGCUUUUAACCCAUUCACUGUUGCACAAUAAAAGUCAUGAUGAAAUUAGUUUCAUUAUAUGAAAUAAAUAAUUAUGUUCAAGAUAGCAUUGACUCCCAUCCCUAAUACCUCUCUCACACACACACACACACACACACACACACACACACACACACACACACACACACACACACACACACACACACACACACACACACACACACACACACACAAACACACACACACACACACACACACACACACACACACACACACACACACACACACACACACACACACACACACACACAUUUAUACACAAUAUUUAUGUUCAUAUGGUGUGUAAAUGCACCAUUAUAUUUACAUGAAUAAAAUAAGUUUGUUGUCAAAUCAAGGAUCAAGCAGCACUUACUCCUGAGGAUGGGGAAACUUUUCACUGGGUUUUUGACAUCAUUUUGACAGUUUCAACAAAAAAAAAAAAAAAAAAAAAAAAUAUUUAUUUAUUUUUUACAUAAGCAUUACAGAAAUUCUACCAUUUCCUACAAAGAUAAGAUGCAUUAAAUUUGGUGACAAGUCAAGCUAGAGAACUUGUAUAACAGUUGUUUUGACAAAGUCUAAUUGAAAGUGAUGUAUGAUUAAUUUAUUAGCAAUGGGAUAAUAAAGUACAAAAAAAUAAAAGAAUUAUAGCAAGUAGUGGCAUUUACAUCCUACUAUAAUUAGACAUAGCCACUUGGUGUUAAUCUGUGGAAAUAUUGUUCAGUCUAUAAAGUUUCACUUUAUGUGCAGACACACCUGUAUAAGUGCAGGUUAAGUCCUUCCCCAACACAAACUGAAGAAUACUGGAAUGUUAAUUUCAUUCAUGCAUUUAUAAAGAUUGUUUCAUCUCUACAGUCUUGUUUACUUUUGUGAGAUUUUGUUAAAGAUGUCACAAGCUCAUUGGCAGUUCUCAAAUGGUGAGACACGAAUAAAAAUAACACUUAGUGCUGUAUUUAUUAUAUGAAUAAGUUGCAUUGAUAUUUAUUUAUAUGGUAGUUUUACUUGUAUAUCCAAUUUGUAAUUAUGUACUGUACAUUCAUUCAAGCUAGAAAACUUUAUUACCAUAAGAGUCUAAAAAAAUUUUUUAUUUCUAUUUUACUGACUUACAAUCCAUUCAAGGUAAUACCUUAAUGAGACUAUAACCUGUAUUGAUGAAUCAAAUUAUCGUAAAUGUAUUAUCCUCAGAUAUCCAAAACUAAGAUUCUAGGAAACAUCUGAAGCUGUUUGAUCAGGAAAAAGUUGUGUAAGAUAUCUUUUGAGUGGAUAUUUGCAGGGUAAAGCCUCUGUAUCCUAGAUAAGAACACAUGAGGUUGUAUGAGAGAAAAGUCAGUGCAAGUGCUUAACAAUGAAUGGGUUAAAAAUAUUUGAUAAGAAAAAUAGGAUGAACUUUUAGUGCUUUAGGUGAUGGAGGAGAGAUCAAAUAUUAUUUAGUGUUUAGUUUAGCACCUAGACCAGAGGUGCAUAUUGUCUGAUGGAGAAACCUGAAUGUGGAUGUUGUGUAAAUUUGACUUGAGUAAAUAGUAAUUAUAUAUAGUAACCAAAUUGUCUUAAAAUUUCAUAGUUCUAAGGUUUUCUUUACUGCUUGAAAAAGUUUGAGUGCAACAAAACAUGUACAAAUUCUUGAAAUGUAGUCACAAUAUAUAUAUUGCUUGUAAGCAUCUUGUAGUGAUAAGAUAGGUACAUGGAAUAUUAUUUGUGCAUAUGUUUUCACAUGAACAUAUUGUGUGCUUCAUAGAGAAUCAUUAAACAUACAGUAGACUUA